AUGGCGCCGCACGAUUUUCGCCGUCCAUUCAAACGGGCGGCGAUCUCUGACCAACAGCGGCGGCGCGAGCUGUCUCUGCAGCGGCAGGCCCAGAAUCGUCGCGACGCCCAACACCAGGCCCGCUGUUUGGCCCAAACUAUAUUAUCUUUACAAAACGAUUCUGCGGAGCCCGAUUAUGAAACACUGCCACAGCCCGAAGAACAUGCCAAAGAUUUUGAUCUUCGACAAGCGGCGAGGCUGAGAGGGCCUGAAGCCCGACGAUGGUUUGCAAAGCAGCUCAUGCUACCGGAGUGGAUGAUUGAUGUCCCUGAGCGACUAAACACCGAUUGGUAUGUAUGUGCUAGGCCGGCUGGAAAACGUUGUUUUGUGGUUGCAUCCAAUGGGACAACGGUUAGUAGGUUACGUAACGGAAGUUUGCUUCAUCGAUUUCCUUCAGCUUUGCCCAAUGGUUCCAGGGUCAACAACAGUUCCCGUUCGGGCCAAUCUUAUUGUAUACUUGAUUGCAUAUUUCAUGAGCCUGAUCAGAUAUACUAUGUAAUUGACAUGGUGUGCUGGGCGGGAAUGUCAUUGUACGAGUGCACUGCUGAAUUCCGAUUUUUCUGGUUAAACAGCAAGCUUGUCGAGUCGGGGGCUUGUGAUGAUCCCUCAACUUACCAUAGAUAUAGGUUCAGGGCAGUUCUCGUAUAUAAUUGUGAUCAGCAGGGGUUAAAAGCAGCUUAUAGGGAACCAGUGCCUUAUGUGAAGGAUGGACUAUUGUUCUACAACAAGAAUGCCCAUUAUCAGUCAGGAAAUACUCCAUUGGUUCUAGUCUGGAAAGAUGAGAUUUGUAGUCAGUAUGUUCUUGAUACAGAUAGUAAGGGGCAGAUUCCAGAUCAACAGCAAGUGGUACUAGAGCUCUGUGACGAUGGUAAAGUGGCUACUUCCGAUGAUCCUCCUAUAAUAUUUGGUUGCUUGGACAAGGACUUCAUACAAAAGACAAGACUUGAGCCCGGCAAUCUCUUACGGUUUGCCACCAGUGAAGGUGGGUUAUGUUUUGCUGAUGGGAAACUAGAGAGGGCUGAUUUGCAGUUCCUUGGAAAAUCUAAUCGUUCACGAGCUUUUGCUGAUAGUUACUCGAAGGUGGUGUUCCAGUACAUGGCUAGACGUUCUCCCCUCCAAAUAGAGCAUCUAUUUGAGUCGGUUAAUUCAUUCGUUGAAGAAGAAAAUGCUGGCGACACAUUUAUGGUAGGCUAA